AUUUCCGGUUACCAUUUUGGGUACGCGCGCUCGCCGAGGAGGUUGGCAGUGCCGUAUUGUUAAUGAGCGUGUGCAUCACAUAAUAAUGGCUACGAAUAAUUAUUUCGGCUUUACACACGGAGGAACGCAAUAUAGGAAUUUCUGUUUCAGUGCUGCCGCCGCCGCUGCAACAGGAGCUGCAUAUCAAGCCGGACAGGCAGGUUACGCUGUAGCCGCCCCUGCAAGCGCCGCCGCUGCCGCCACAUACGGCACCCAGCGGCCCACAGGCUACGAAACAGCAUAUCAAGCUGCCACAACGCCGGCAACUUAUGCUGCAGUCGGAACAGGAACAACUCCAGCUUACGAGUACGGAUACGGAAGAGCAGCUGCAGCAACUACCGGUUACGACGCUACCAAAAGUUACUACCAGCAGGCGGCUACGGGCCAAUCAGCCACUGGUUACACCACAGCCUAUGAUCAAGCUGCGGCAGGAGCUAAGCAAGCGAAUUAUGCAACACAGUACACUCAGAGGAAUCCCGCACAGCAACAAACACAGGCGACUGUAAGUGCAAAGCCAGCUCAGUAUAGUGGAACCUAUCAGGCAAACGCGACUGGUUAUCAAGCGUCUUAUGCCCAACCUGCUGCUGCUCAAACGACGAUAGCAGCCCAACCGACGACACAAGCCAAACAAACAAAUUCAACUACGUAUUCAGGUUACGACGCCGCCUUAUAUUCCGCAGCAACCAUGUAUGUUGCACAGCAAUCGAAUCAACAAAAGGCCGGAGGUUGGCAAGGGUACAAAAAAGGCGGGGGCGGGCCGAAGAAUAUGCGGGCCAAGGCUCCGCCCAAACCACAACAGUUGCACUACUGCGAAGUAUGUAAGAUUAGUUGUGCUGGUCCUCAGACCUACAGAGAACAUUUGGAAGGGCAGAAGCACAAGAAAAGGGAAGCUGCCACUAAAAUGACAGCCUCUCCAGCUGUUACCAAUCAAAACAGGGCAGGGAAUUCUUUACGUUGCCAAUUAUGUGAUGUUACAUGCACUGGGAAUGACGCUUAUGCUGCUCAUAUAAGAGGAUCAAAGCAUUCAAAAGUUGUAAUGCUGCACACAAAGUUGGGAAAGCCAAUCCCGCCGCAGGAACCGGAGGUUAUUGGUGGCCCCAGGAAGUCCGUUUCGGCAACACCAAAAAUAAAUUUCGUCCAAUCUGGCGGCUUGGGCGUGGCCCCUGGAAACGGAGAGAUCAAAGACGAGGAGAUCGAUGACACACCCGAACCUGAUAUUCAGCCAGUUGGUCAAGAUUACAUUGAAGAGAUCAAAAGCGAAGACGGCAAGGUAAUUAGUUUCAAUUGUAAAUUAUGCGAAUGCCGUUUCAACGAUCCCAACGCCAAGGAAAUGCACAUGAAGGGGAGAAGACAUAGACUACAGUACAAAAAGAAGGUGAAUCCGGAUCUCGUGGUGGAUUUGAAGCCGUCGCUUCGGCAGAGAAAGAUGCAGGAAGAAAAGAUGCGAAGAGCGGCUUUACGUGAAGAAUAUUGGCAGAGAAGGCAUAUGGCCGCUGAAGAUGAGGAAGAAAGGAUGUAUUGGGAGGAGCGACGCAGGUACGAAGAGGAUUACAUGGAAUGGUGCCGCCGAGGAAACAUGGGACCUUUCCCGAGAGGCAGACCACCAUUCCCUGGAAAUGCACCACCACCAUUUUAUCAGGGUCCACAGAUAACCAGACGCAUCGAGUCCAAUGACGACAGACACGUGAUGUCACAUCACUCGGAUAUCUAUCCGAAGGAAGAGGAGUUGCAGAACAUCCAACGGAUCGUGUCGCAUACCGAAAGGGCAUUAAAAAUCGUCUCCGACCAAAUGGCCGAAACUGUGAAGCCCAAGGAAGAAGUUGUGAGUCCGGCCAAUAGUAGUCCAGCUAAUACCACCGUAGUUGUACCUGCACCCCAAGCAACGGCGACAAGCCUCCAGGAGGAUAAGGUCGAUGAGCCGAUCGAACAAAAGGAAGACGGCAGGGACAAUCAAUUGUUUUCAUUCCAACGAGAAGAUCGCGAUGUUAACCGGACAUUGAAGGGAGUCAUGCGUGUAGGACACCUCGCCAAGGGACUACUGCUUCAAGGAGAUACCAACGUCGAGUUGGUCGUUCUAUGUUCUGACAAACCCACCCUGACGCUGCUGAGAAAAGUCGUCGAGAUGCUUCCGGCCGCUUUGAAGCAGGUCACAACUGAGCAUAUCUACAACGUCACCAUAAACGCAGCUGAAGCCGGUUUCACCGUCACCGAGGAAGCGCUUACGGUGCUCGUACAACUUACGAGUCCAGUAAUGCGUGAGCAAGAAGCUGCGAGCGGCGGGUUGGACCGGGAUGUUCUCGCACGCGGCAAGUGUCUCCAGGCGCUGGCAGCCCUCAGACAUACCAAAUGGUUCCAGGCUAGGGCUUUAGGAUUGCACUCUUGUGUUGUGAUUAUUAGGAUCUUGAGAGAUCUUUGCCAAAGAGUUCCUACCUGGGCCCCAUUAAGUCCUUGGGCCAUGGAAUUGCUCGUUGAAAAAGUGAUUUCAUCCACGCCUGGAGGAGUACAGUUGUCGCCUGGAGAUGCGUUGCGCAGAGUGAUGGAAGCCGUCGCCGGAGGACUUCUACUACCUGGAGGACCUGGUCUUGGAGAUCCAUGCGAGAAGGACAGUCCAGAUGCAGCAGCAGCCCUUACUUCGCAACAGAGAGAGGAUCUCACAUGUUCGGCGCAAUAUGCGCUUAGAUUAAUUGCUUAUAGGCAAAUAUAUAAGGUUUUAGGAAUGGAUCAAUUGCCCAUUCAACAGAAAGUAUUCCGUCGUGAUAGUAGAUCUGCCCGUAAACGCCGUCGCUCUGGUGGCGAACAGCCUGAUUCAGAAAGUGACACGGGAAAAAUGGUGAAAACCGAAGGAGAUUCCGCCCCCGCGCCUGAACCUGUGGUACCACUGAAGUGAUUGAAGAUUUAAGCACUGAAAAUGUAGCCUAUUAAUAUUUAUGAAGCUAAUUAAUUCCUAUAAACGUCUCUAAUUUAGUAAAAAAAAAGUCAGUUUAUUUAAGUAUGGGUAUUAUUAUUACAAAACUAAAACAAACAAAACAAAAAAAAAGAAACUUUUUUUUUAAAUAGAAUUAGUACUUGAUUUAAUGUAAUUUAUUUAUCUUGGAUACAGAAGACGAGAAUUUAGUCACGAGAUUUUUCUUUUCUUUAGAUGUGUAUAUAAUUAAAUCAGCAGAACUGUGUAAUUUGUGUGUUCAAGUCCAGAAAAACGAAAACAUAAAGUAUGUAUAUGAGUAAAUUUAAAUCAUUUUCUUACGAAUGAAUUGUGAAUUUCUUUAAUAUGAAAUAUUUGUAUUAUGGAAUUUUGUCCGGACGGACAAAUGUUGAUGAUGAUCUUUUGGAUUGAUGUUGAAGCAAACUUAUGCGAUGCUCGUCCGCUAUUUAGUUUUUUUUUUGUUUAUUAUGAUGUUGUCUUUUCUUUUCUAUGAUCGAUGUUCUCAAUGGUAUUUAUUUUCUAUUACAUAAAUUAGCACUACAGUAUGUGUAUCUACAAAUUACUGUUUCAAAUUGUAUUCAUAUCGGUUUUCUUCUUUAUACUACACACCUUUACAACUCUGUCUCCCAGUCGUUUUUUAAGAUUAAAUAAGAAGACUUCAGUGGUUCGAAUAAAAUUGUAAAUUAGUGCCGUAUAUUGUAUACAGUUUCUAGUAUUUGUAAUAUAUAUUUUGAAUUGCAA